UUUGAGCCAGGUCCAGGACUCUGAGUCUCAAGAGCUGUUGCCUCGAGCAUGCGGCAAUAGAGUUACGAAGAUAAUUGGUGGAGCUCCAGCCCCUGAGGGGAACUGGCCCUGGAUGGUGAGCCUGCAGAUCAAUAAGGAACACUUCUGUGGUGGCACCCUCAUCUCCAGGCGAUUUGUGCUGACCGCAGCCCACUGCAUAUUUAGAUACAUGGACUACACCGUGCUGCUGGGAGACCGAGAACUGCAAGGUCUAUCACAGCAUGCACUUAUAGUCCCGGUUGUAAAAGUCAUCGUCCAUGAUGAUUAUGAUAGUAGAUCUCUGAGGCAUGACAUAGCCCUUCUUCAGCUGGCCUUCGCUGUGAACUACACUGCCUACAUUCAACCCGUUUGCGUUCCUGAAAGAUCUUUCAAAAUACCAAAGGUGAUCCAGUGCUGGAUCACUGGAUGGGGCCAACAACAAGAGGAAGGUAUGCCAGCGUCUGACCUCCAAGAAGCAGCAAUUGAGCUUCUUGACUACCGUGUAUGUAAUUUGAUCCUCAAGCAAAAGAUGUCAACUAAAAAGAAUGUGGUCCAUAUAGGGGCUAUCUGUGCCUUUAGUUUGGAAAAUAAGGAUACCUGUAAGGGAGAUUCUGGGGGGCCCUUGGCCUGUAAAGUGGAUGAAGCAUGGAUGCAAGUGGGGAUUGUGAGUUGGGGCAUUGGCUGCGGACGCCAAGGCUUUCCUGGAGUCUAUGUGGAAGUUGGCUACUACAGGAAGUGGAUCUUGGAGCAUGUGAGCCAAGCUACCUGUCUGAACUGCACUGCCUUCCUCAUAUUGAGCCCAUGCCUGCUGCUGUCCCUGAGGAUGCUGGUGACCUCAUAAUUGUCACCACUUACUCCCCUGUUCUUUUGGAGACUCCCACUCAACCUGUCAUGCCACCUACUAUCCCAUUUCAGUAUCCUUUCCUCAAAGCGUUUGUGGGCCUUAGGAGAUCCUCACGCAAGCACAUGGAAAGGAGACUGGGGCCAACAUGUUGGCUCCUCACCACCUUUCCUGGCCAACCCUAGACUGUACUUCCUUGGUGGGAAAUGGGGUUAAACGAAACUCAUCUAGAAGACCAGCCAAACAGACAAGUGGAGCGAGAUGGCUGCCUGACGUCUUAGGGAACUUGGCAGAGAAGAGACCACAUCAGCAGUGAGACAAGAGCUGGCUUUACCUCUGGUAGUGGGGUGCUCCUUGAGACUUUGCCAGAGCAGCUGGCCUUGCGAUGGCCCAGGUCCCUACAGAGGUGUGAGGCCCUGACUUUCACCUCUGGCUCAGUUGCCUGGGUUUGGUGAAAGUUCCCCUGAACCCUAGUGAGGACCUGUGUGACAGCAGUGGGCCUAGGCACCUGGGCCAUCUGGGGAGAACCCCAGUGUGGCACCCCCUUCCAGGGUUCCACAUUGACUGUCUCCAGGGACACCCCGCAUGUUUGAAUUGAGAAAGUUAUAGAGUGUGGUGACUUUAGCUAUUAGCUGAAUAAAUGUUUUCUUGAGAGCAUCA